UCUUUUUUUUUAAUGUUAAAAAUGUUAUAAGUUUUUAUUUUUCAUUUCAUUUUCUUUUUCCCCUCUUCUGUUGCGUUGUCCCUUUUCAUCUCUGGAGUGUCCAGUCGUAAAUUAUCACCCUUAUUCAUUACACAAAUAGACAUAAUGUUCAUCUUAUUGAUCACUUAAAAUGUGUUGUUGAUUUAUAAACUACCUACAUACUUAUUCUGGACUUGACUAUAAGUCUAGUAAAUACAAUGCACAUAACUAAUCACAAACAGCAGGGCCAUGGACGAACAAUCUACUGGUCUGGUGCAUAGCUCGUCAAUCCGCACCAGAAUGGCCAUUCCUAACAUCAAAAUGACUAAUCCAAUUAAAAAACUGGUCAGUAAACAAAGAAAACGUUAUACUGAAGAUGGGUUCAACCUCGAUUUGACUUACAUUCAACACAAUGUGAUAGCAAUGGGAUUUCCUGCAGAAAAUUUAGAAGGUGUAGUCUACCGAAAUCAUAUAGAUGAUGUAAGCAGACUGCUUGAUCAGAAACAUCCUAAUCAUUAUAAAAUAUAUAAUCUUUGUUCAGAACGAUCUUAUGAUUCUCGGAAGUUCCACCAGCGUGUGGCUACCUACCCAUUUCAAGAUCAUAACCCACCAAGCAUUGAAGUGAUCAAACCUUUUUGUGAAGAUGUCCAUCAAUGGCUCGCUGAAGACAGCAGAAAUGUAGCUGCUGUACAUUGUAAAGCUGGAAAGGGCCGAACUGGUGUAAUGAUAUGUUGUUAUCUAAUACAUAGUCUACAGUGUUUAUCAGCAGAAGAAGCUCUUAAUUAUUAUGGACAAAAGAGAACAUUUGAUAAAAAGGGUGUCACUAUUCCCAGUCAAAGGAGAUAUGUCAACUAUUAUGCAUUGUUAGUUGAAAAAAAUUUAAAUUACAAGCCUGUUGUAUUGACUGUAAAGGAAAUAAAAUUAGAUCCAGUGCCUAAUAUUUUUAAUUCGGGGCAAACAUGUAUUCGUUUAGUGAUAUCAGAAUGGAUCAAUGGUGAUAGUUCAAAAAUCAGAAAAGUUUAUUCAUCUGAUGUGCAGGAUAUGCGGCGUAAUGCUUCUGAUGUAACAAUUCGUUUAACGCAAAUGACCCAAGUCCUUGGAGAUGUAAAAGUAGAGUGUUACAAUAAACAUAAAAUGAAGAAAAAGGAAAAACUAUUUCAUUUCUGGUUUAAUACAUUUUUCGUUUGUGAACCAGCUGUUACUGAAAAUAGUAAUAGAGAAAAUAAACAUUGUGGCCAGCAGGAAAAAACAGUUCAUACAAAUAGUAUGAAUGACUCAAAUAACUUUCGAUUUCCAAAUAAUCAAAUGCGUACAAACUCAAAUGGUCAUGUGGGUGGAAGUGAUAAUCGCCUGUUGACAUUAAACAUGAACAAAUGGGAUUUGGACGGCCAUAAAGAUAAACAAAAUAAACUUUUUAGUGCUGACUUCCAUGUAAGUUUAUUAUUUGAACGUACUGAUGUUUCCGAACCAGUUGUUGGUGAAACGCUAUCAGAAAGUGAAUCCAGUAGUUGCACAACAGCUGAAGAAGAAGAAGAUGGAUGGGAAUCUGGCUUUCGUAAACCUGUCGCUUGAGCACAAUACACCUGAUGGCGUAGAUGCAAAUGUGAUUGUGUUUCCGGUGGUUCUAGGCGAGUCAACGUAUCUGUAAGAUAUUGGGAGUGCCACAAACAGAAGACGAACAACAUAAACGUAUUUUUAUAUGUAUAUGUAUAUCUAUAUAUGUAUAUAAUAACUGCAAGUUAAUGUUUUUUUUUUUUAAGUUAAAAAUUUAUAUAGAUUAUAACAAUUAUUAUAGUCUGGAUUUUAAAAACUCCAUAAUUAGGCAUACACUCGCCUAUUUUAUUAUUUUUAUAGUACAAAGAAAAUAAAGUUUUAAUUCUGAUAACUUUAUUAAAAAUUUAUUUUUUAUU